UGCAUUUGUUCAUGAGGUGUGGGUAUCUGUGUAUGUGUGGUUAUAUUAGCGUUUGUAUCGUCCCUUCUCGGGAUUUUCUGUUAUCGUUCAACAGCUUUUGAAUUCUCAGUAUCAUGAAGGCUACCGUUGAAGUUUCGUCUAGCAACUGCUAUAUGAAGAAAACCAAUAACAAAAUUAAUAAAUUUACCAAAAGAGAUCGUGAUGAAACCAGCGACGAAAUGCGACAACUCUUAUAUAAGCUGAAGGAGUUAGUGCCCAACAUGCCGAAAAACAGGAGUCUAUCUAUGUUGGCAAUAAUUCAACAUGUAAUUGAUUAUAUUCUAGAUCUCCAGAUCGCUCUCGAAACCCAUCCAGCCGUUUGGCUCGCGAGUUACGGCAUCACGACCAGACCAAGCCGGCAGCCGCUGGGACUUCUUCCUCAUUCCUGCAAUAAUGUAGUGGUUAACUCUUGCACAAUCGAAGAAACUGAGAAGACACCGAGUCACCUAGGCACUGAUCCAACGAGGUCUGUAAUGAGUUAGGCGCUAAUCGUACAUUUGAUUUGUUUUUUAAUUUGGCCUUGAGAGUUGGAUCGUUAGUUGAAUGUUCAAGGUGUUCUAUUGAAUACAUAAAUAAAAAUAGUCUCCACCCGUGAACUUUCAUGUCGGCGAAGAAGCUGUACUAUUUGUAUUGGUGCGU